AUGUCCAGCGAGACGAAUACUUCAAAAAAAUUGCAUCAAUUUAUUCCACUCUAUGGUAAUAAGAAGAUCAGUUUUGAAGUCAAGGAUUGCGCGCAGGCGUAUUUAGCCUUAGCUAAAAUCCCUAAGGAAAACAAUGAUAUGUACGAGGUGGUUAUAAGCGGAGAAUCGAAUGGAAAGUCUUCCAUAAAAAGGAAGGGAAACAAAUGUGACGUAACCGAAAUUUCCACAAAUGUGCUUUUAAAAUGUUGCGAACUUUUAUUAAGUUUUGAAAAUCACUUAAUUAGUAUCGGUGUUAAAGAUUUGGGGAAACCUUUCAUAUCUCACUUGGCUACCAAAUCAUUUGAAUUAAAUUUUAUAAGCAUAGAUUGCGGUGAUACCGGCACCUGGAUGUUAUCACCAUUGCGGUUUGAGAAGCCAAUAGAGCUAGUCACGCCGAAAGAGUCAUCCUAUCAGUUUUUUCGCGUAAACGAAGAUCGCCGUUUCCAUUUUGAAGUGUGCUGCUCGAGAGAUGUUCAGCUAGCGCUUACCAAAACCCCUAUAGUAGCUGAUCCCAUCUAUGAAAUUGUUAUCGGUGGAUGGCGCAACAGAAGGUCAGCGAUACGUAAAAAUCGUAAAAAAAUUGUUGCGAGCGUCUCCACCCCUGACAUUGUAAACGAGAAUAAUUUCGUAGAAUUUUGGAUAAGCUUCAAGAAUAACACAAUAGUAGUGAGCAGUCGCGAAUAUAAACGUAGUCUUUUCAUGGUUCAUAGAGUAGACAAAUUGCCCGAUUUCUUAUUCUUGGGGGUGCGAACCGGCUCACAUGCUACUGGAACUUGGAAACUAUACGGUAAAUCAACUUCACUAUGA